UGAGUUCCGCGUUUGAGUUUAUUUGCGCUAAUAUGACAUGAACAGUAGUCUGCAGCUGACUUUAGGAUCUAUUGGAUGUUAAAACCUUUUAUUGCGACUGGAGACCUAUUUUGAAACUGUCGAUGGAUGCCACAUCAGCAACUGGGAUUAUUCAUCCCUACUGGCCACGGGACCUUUUUAUUCCCACCUAUGUCGCCAAUAACCGAUCUAUGUCAGAGAUUGUGGCCUUCCUGUUUUCUGUGUCUGGCAUGUUUCUGCUUGUGACCUGGCUGAUCACCGGCCGCACAAGCGCCACCGGCAGGCUGGGGACAUGGAGGCGUCUGGCUGUGUGCUGGUUUGCUGUUUGUGGUUUCAUUCAUGGCGUCAUUGAGGCCUGGUUCUCUCUGUAUUAUGAUAUUAUUCCAGGAGACCAGAGCUUUCUGUCACAGCUCUGGAAGGAAUACUCCAAAGGAGACAGUAGAUAUAUCAUAGCGGAUAAUUUCACUGUCUGCAUGGAGACUGUGACUGCAUUGUUAUGGGGACCUUUCAGCUUUUGGGCUGUGUUUGCCUUCUUAACCAAUAAGCCCUACAGAUUUGUUCUGCAACUCAUCAUUUCGUUAGGUCAGCUCUAUGGAGUAGUGCUUUACUUCUUCACAGAGCACAGAGAUGGUUAUGUUCACAGUGAGUUGGGACACCCAAUCUACUUCUGGUUCUACUUUGUCUUCAUGAAUGUUCUGUGGGUCGUCAUCCCGCUGGCGCUCGUAGUGGAUGCAUGGAGACAGCUAUCAGCAGCCCAGGCACACACUGACAACACAAAGUCAAACAAGUCUAAGAGGAAAUGACCAGAGACUGACUCACACUGUCUGAAGUACUGGGGGUACAAACAAAUAAAAAA